UGGUCACAUAAACCCGGAUGUGAGUUUAUGAUUGCAUCAAUAAAUGAAUCAUUUGGGAUAAUACGAGUAGUCAUGUGAAAUAAAACAUCCUAAAGUUUUAUUUAUCUUUAAAGGCAGUAUAACUCACCGGAGGAGAAGCCAUUGUUCAGGCAAAGUUGAAGAUAUUGUAGUAAAAGAUGCUGAAAUAUUCGACAUUAGUUUUCGUUGUGUACCUAUUGCAAAACAAUUUGGUGUCCGGAGAAUCGUUGUCAAGUUUCUUAUGGAAAAAGACACAAAAAUAUCAGACGGCUGCGCUGGAUUCAAACUACAUACAUGGAAUCCGUGAUGUCUCCUUGGACCCAACAGACUUUGGAGCUUACAAUUUACAAGAUGCUGUAUAUAUUUAUUGGUACAAAGUUAGCAUGGAUAUCAGUGCUAGCAGAACAAAUGAUACCACCCUGAAAGAGUUCUUGCAAAAGAAAUCUAAAAGUCAUGAACAGGAAUACAAAGAAGCAUUUAAGACAUGGCAUAUCAGUGACCCACCACGUGGAAUUGUCCUUGGGAGUGCCUGUCAGAACUAUGUCAAUCAUCUGAUCAACGUAUCGAAGACCAUGGAUGGAUUUUACCUCGUGGCUGCCCUUAUUCCGUGUUCAAGGCUUUGGCCUUGGCUUGGCAUACAAAUCAACUCAGAUUCCGGAAAGUUUGGUGUUUACAACAACUGGGUGCAGGUCAACUUAAACCAGUCUUAUGUCGGCUACACAACCUAUGAAAAGAUUAUCGAUGAUGCUUUUGCCCAAGGCAAGAUCAACAAAGAGAAAGCGCUGCAAGCUUACGAAGAAAGCAUGAAGGGAGAAGUGGACUUCUUCAACUCUGUAUCUAGACAUUAAAAGUAUGGUGUCGUCAAUGUUACUUUGAAAGAAGAAAGCAUCAACUUGUAAAUUAUGAAAUGCGGUGAACAAAUGACAACAUUGCCAGGACCUAUGUUAGCGUCAUUUUGAUAAUAACAUCCUUUUACACUUUUAUAUAGAGUUAUGUUUUCAAUUUUAUGCUGUUAGUUUUAACAUGUUAACUUAGUUUCACCAAUUGGUGAGUUUAUUUACUGUCAUUCUUUACCAUUUGUACUUUUUGCUUAAUUCUGUAUAUUCUAUAUUAUUAUCUUUGUACUUUUUAUUGCCAAUGCAUGUAUAUAUGAACUACUUUAUACAUUUUAUAUACUUAUCUCUAUGAUAUACAGUUUGGGACUGCAUAUGCAAAGAAUUUACAACAAUUGUUUGGAAUAUUUUGGAAGUGAUUUUUUGACAUGACUGCUUAUAUUGUUAAAUUUUUGUGUAUAAUUUAAUGUCUACGGAAAUGCUCCAAUCGGACUUGUUACUGCACAAAAACAAUGAUUUUUCAUUUCGAGUAUAUUUCUAUAUCAUUCUUAGCAGAUUUUUCCGUUUGAAAGUUAUUCGUUUCCGUGUUAAUCUGUGUAACGAAUUUUGAAUGUUAUGCUUGAGGCUCACGGACCUCAGUGGAUUUCCUAUAAUACUUGUCAAUGAAGAUAUGUUGUUAAUUCAAUGAAAACUUUGCUUGUAUAUAUCGUAUUCAAAAAGUUUCUGUUUUUUAAGCAUUAUAUUAUAUAAAGUUUGAAUCUGUACUAAUUAAUGUAUCAUUAAAAUUCUUAAAAAACAAACAAAA